CUGAUUGUACUUGUAACUACCCUGUGAACCUUCAGAAUGGCGUCUUGUUUGACAGCAAUAAAGGUCAGCUGACUUAUACAACCAAUCAGAUGACAGGUUACAACUACUCGGCUUACAUUUCCGGGGGUUCAGUAUGGACCUGUUUCUUAAUAGAAGGAGACUACAUCGUGUCAAAGGCCAACAAUCCUUUAACUAUACUUAUGUCAAACUUUGAUGCUUACCUUUGUCAGUUGAUGACGAAAAUUACACCUUUUUCCUACUAUUAUUACAUUGAAGGAGACAACCAAGCAGAUUCGAACAACGAAAGAAUGAAUGUUUUCAUCUCCGGAUCAUCUGUAACAUUAGCUCAAACAUGUGCUAGGUCAGCUUCAAUUCCAACAGAAGAAUUCCAUGUUCUCGUAAAGUCAACAAAUAUGGCAGACGUCAAACAAUGGUUACCACCACCGUUGCUAGGCACAUUUGAGUACACAAAAGUCACGUCUGCUGGUGUUUCUUCCUGUGGUACAGGAUCUAUCUGGGACGUCUGCAAUAACCGAACGACUUUGACGUUCAACUUGGCAAAGUGCAAUUCAGUAGUUGCAUAUUCUCGUGAGUUUUACAUGCAUAUAUAAGUUUUUGAUGCACCUCAAAAUCUUAGA